UAUUUAUACGCUUGUAUGAGCAGCAGAGAGAGUCAGAGUUGCAUGAACUCAUGCUGUGAAGACACAGACUGCAGAAUCACAGCCAUGAAUGCUGUAAAUGCUGUGCAACUGUUUAUUCUGGUUUGUACCUUUACUGCUGUCUGUCAAGCUGAUGAUGGUACCUGCAGUGUAACCUGUGAUGAUGUGAUUGGAUCUGUGGGGAAAGAAGUAAAUCUCACCUGCAGCGUCUCUCAGCAGUGCAUUAAAUGCUGCAUUAAAAUGUUUAAAUACACUGAAAUCUAUAUUGACUCAGACAUUUGUAAACAAGUGGUUCCUGAGGGCUCCUGUGAACAGAGGAGCAGCCUCACAUGCCGUUACACUCCAACUACAGCAUUGACAGCAAAAUUCAAAUUCUUCUUGCAACCAACAUGUGCUGCGAAAACAACAGAAUUCACUGUGAACAUAACAGGGCUUAAAAAUGGCCGUAAAACUCCUGAGGAAGGUAUAAACAACAACCCAUCAGAAGUAUCUGCACCAGACACAGAGGCGGGUCUUGGAGCUAAGGUUUCUGCCAUCGCUGCAGUUGUGGGCUGUUUCAUCCUCAUCAUUAUCAUCACAAUGACAGUCAUUCGCAACAAGAAACCAAACUUGAACAGAUCCUGUGGAUUCCAGAAGAGGAUGUUUCUGUGUAUCAAACAUGAUGAGGACAACAGCGAUCAUACAGAAGAUGUGAUAUAAUAGCACUGACUCUGCAGAGUUCUCAUGUGCACUGUGAACCCUAAUAAGUUGAGACUACUCAAAUCGACCAAAAAUGUACCGCCUUGUGUUAAAUCGACCAAUCAGUGCGUUGUCAAGGUAGAAUUUCAAACACGACCAAUCAUAUUAAACAGAGACACUGAGCAUAAUUUAAAUAAAUUGAAAUUUUGAGUUCAUUAUACUUAAAAUCUUAAUUCGAAAGAUUUUUUGCUCCCAAAUGAGUUAAUUAAACAUACCUGUUUAAGUUUUGACACCAAAACUUGGCAUUUUAAGUAAUGUUAAGUUAUGAUAACUUGAUUUCUUUAUUAAUGACAACAUUGGGGUUUACAGUGUGGUGCUCAUGAAACACACAAGCUUUACUUAAACUCCACUAAACUACAUACAAACUACUGAAUAUAUAACGGUUGUUGGUUUAAAACUCUCAUUUUUGGUACAGUAAAUGAUAAUAUAGCUGAAGUUUGGAAAAUAUUUCUUAAUAUUCUGCACAUGUAUUUUUCUAAUAGUGUGAACGGUGUGGUUUUGUACAGUAUCUUAUGUUUUAUUUUUAUUUUUUAACGAACAUUGAAAUGAAUAAAGACUUGUGAUUCUCUCUAAAGAUGAA